AUGCCUGUUAGUUUUCAUACUGACAGGGAUUCACUUAUUUGGCCGUGGACCUCAGAUGGAGUAUACUUGGUUAGGAGUGCUUACCAGAUUUUGGCUAAUGAUUCUCUCUUAUCCCAGGCAGGUUCAUCCAAUCCAGAUGACUCAAAGCCCUUGUGGAAUGGUAUCUGGAAACUCAAGGUCCCUAACAAAGUCAAGCACUUCAUGUGGCAGGCAGCAAAUGAAUCUCUACCUACAAAGUGCAACCUCUGUGCACGACAUGUCCUACUUGAAAGUAGUUGUGGAUUGUGCGAAGAGUUUCCAAAAGACGUCAUACAUUGCCUAUGGCUGUGUGAUCACGUCAAGUGUAUUUGGCUCUCAGAUCAAACCUUCCACUACCCACGUACAAGGAAGUUUAGAUGCUUUGGUGACUUGGUGUCCUUUGUGUUAUCAGAAUUACCAUCAGGUACUGCUGCGCUAUUUUCUAUGGAAUUUACUGAUGUUCAAGACACUCCUGUACGGUCUGCUAUUCCUCGGGUGGAGGCGAGAUGGAAGCCACCUAGUGCCGGGCUUUUCAAGAUCAAUUUCAACGGAGCUGUGUUUGCGGAUAGGUCGUUGGCUGGGCUGGGUAUUGUCAUCCGCGAUGAGUUCGGGCUAAUCAUCGUGACCCUUAGUCAGAAAAUCCCUUUGCCAAGCUCAGUGGAAUUGGUGGAAGCUCUGGCAGCACGGUGUGCUCUUAUUUUCGCCCAAGAGAUCAACAUCUUCAAGGCCGAGGUGGAAGGGGACUCCUUGAAAGUCAUUCAGAUACCCAUAGUAGAGGCCAUUUGUCUUGGUGGGUUACUUUAA